AAUUUGGAGUGUAUUCCCCCUGUAGUUAUUUCCAACCCUGUUAGUGGCUGGUCUGUCUCCAGGCGUCUACAGGCUUGAUUGAGAGGGUCAUCAAGCCCCUGAGCCCUUUUCUACCAGACGCCUGAACAGGAAUAGCAGUGCCUGACCGGGUCGGAUGAAACAGUCUGAUAGUCGGAAUACUGCAUCUUGCAUCCACAAAGAUCGAUAGACUGCCGCAUAUUUUCUGGCACUGGAGCAAUCCAGUCAGCUUUACAUUGCGACUAAUUAUGAUGCUGAACUCUCUUCGAGAGAGGGUGGAAUGGCACAUUCUGCUUUUCUUCAAUGAACCCAGCCAUUGUCUAUAGAACAAGGCAUGGCAUCGUUCUAUGCCAUUCAUCGCUAGACAAUGAAGCAUGCAUAACAAGGCCAUGUCAACCAUUCCCGCCUUUCAAGAUCAACUGACAAUGAAAGAACAAACACAGAAUGGGAUCAAAGAAGCAGACUUUACCGUGCUUUAUUGAAGACAAUCGCUUUCAUAUACACAGAUCAACAAAGAACAACCCUAUACGAACUCACAAUCUCGCACAAGUAUAAAUACAACUCCAAUGCACAAGAGCAGCUCAAACAACCAUCAACAGUCUUCCUCCCAGCAAGCCCGAUAAACAUAUACAAACACAACUCUCAACCAUCCCAACCCACAGGAUCCCCCCCCCCCUCAAAAAAAGAGCAGGUAUGAAUCCCUUCACUAACCCCCCCUUCCAAGACAGCGACAGCCAAAAAGGCACCAUGUCAAACCCCCGCGGGCCCUUCGUAUCCUUCAACGACGGCGACGGCGCCCUAGUCUGGUACAACUCCUACUGCGACCCGGCCGCUGAAGACCGGGUAUGGUGGCUGCGCCUGGCAAUGGAAGGCCACUACACGAACCUCGGCGAGCUCCUCUUCGACAUGACGCUCGCAUACGACUACGGAAAGUGUCAGGUGGUGCCGAUCUUCAACCAUGACAUGGACGGGUCCAUGUACAUGGGGUUCAACGUGCCCGUGGAGGUGGAGGAGGCCGGGCGCGAUAAGAUCCUGGCGCUGGGGGGAGAGCACCUCAUGAGGGUGAUGGCUUAUUGGAAGGCGCAUAAGAGUUUCCCUACUCCGGUUCAUAAUGCGCCCAAGGAUGAGUCGGCUGGUAGUGCGGAGGAGACGGAGUCUGAGAAGGAUGAGGAUGAUACUCCGCCUACUACGCCUGAGGAGUCGCCGAGGGGCAAGUUUGGGAAUGUUCGUUCUUAGAUGGGUGAAGUUUACCUUUAUCCCUGAUAGCCACUGCACCAACGUACCGGAUUUGAUCAGGCUUGAUAUGACUGAUAUCCAACAUCUUUGUUUAGAAUGACGGCGGUUUGGAUGGAAGGUCUAAUACGGGUAAUAUUAGAGCACAAUCAACAUGAUACAGG